AUGGGGGGCGGGGUGUAUACAACUUACUUCUCUGUAAAAGGCCAGGUAUUAAGUAUUUUCACCUUUGAAGGCCACAUGUCCUCUGUUGAAGCCAUUCAAAUGUACCAUUACAGUGUGAAGGCAGACUGUAGGCAACAUGGAAACAAAUAUGUAAAUGACAGGAUAGAUGCAGGGGCUGCGAGACUUGAUGUGUUUUCAGUGGAUAAUGAAGAACUGCAGGGUGGAUUCAUGUUGUGCUUCCUGGAUGAUGGAUGUGGUAUGAGCCCUGAGGAAGCAUCAGAUAUCAUUUACUUUGGAACAUCCAAGAAACGGUUAUCAACCUUGAAGUUUAUCGGGCAAUAUGGCAAUGGCCUUAAAAGUGGAUCCAUGAGGAUUGGAAAAGACUUUAUUCUUUUUACAAAGAAGGAAGAAACGAUGACCUGUGUAUUUUUUUCUCAGACAUUCUGUGAAAGAGAAGGUCUGAGUGAGGUUGUGGUUCCAAUACCUUCAUGGUUAACAAGAACCAGAGAAUCUGUCACAGAUGAUCCUCAAAAAUUCUCAACAGAAUUGUCUAUAAUUUAUAAAUAUUCUCCAUUUAAAACUGAAGCUGAAUUGAUGCAGCAAUUUAAUGUGAUCUACGGCAAGUGUGGUACUUUGCUGGUUAUUUAUAACGUGAAGCUUCUGCUUAGUGGAGAACCUGAGUUGGAUGUUAAAACUGACAGAGAAGAUAUACUGGUGGCUGGGGCUCUUGGAGAUUUUCCAGAGAGGUGGUCAUUCAGAGCCUAUACAUCUGUUCUGUAUUUUGAUCCUUGGAUGAGAAUAUUCAUUCAGGCCAAAAGAGUUAGAACAAAAUACCUAUGCUAUUGCCUCUACAGACCCAGAAAGUAUAUGUAUGUCACAUCUUCUUUUAAAGGAGCAUUUAAAUGUGAAGUUAAAAAGGCAGAAGAAGCAGUAAAGGGAGCUGAACUCAUCCUGAAAGAAGCACAGAUCAAAGUAAACUACUCUGACAGAACUUCUUUGUCUUCCUCUGCCAAGGAUGUAUUACAGAAAGCUCUGGAAGAUGUUAAAGCAAAGCAGAAGAUUCUUCAAGAGAAGCAGAGAGAGUUAAAAAAAGCAAGGACACUCACCCUGUUCUUUGGUGUGAACAUAGAAAACCGAAGCCAAGCUGGGAUGUUCAUUUAUAGUAAUAACCGCUUGAUCAAAAUGCACGAGAAAGUCGGCCCACAGUUGAAACUGAAGUCCUUACUCGGUGCAGGUGUAGUUGGAAUUGUUAAUAUACCCUUGGAGAUCAUGGAACCAUCCCAUAAUAAGCAGGAAUUUCUCAAUGUCCAUGAGUAUAACCAUCUUCUAAAAGUUAUGGGACAAUACUUGGUCCAGUACUGUAAGGACACCAGGAUCAGUAACAGAAAUCUAACAUUAUUUUGGAAUGAAUUUGGAUACCCAGAUAAUAAGGACAUGGAAAAAUCCUCAGAUUCUGUUCAGUAUCAAAGAAGACAAGCCAUGGCCAUCCCAUGCAUGAUUCAGUGUGAUCUUUGCCUUAAAUGGAGAGUCUUGCCUCCUUCUACUGAUUAUCAGGAAAAAGAAUUGUUUGAUAUCUGGAUUUGUGCUAAUAACCCUAACCUCUCGGAAAACAGUUGUCAUCGGACAGAACGUCUACCUUCCAUACCCCUGGGCACUAUGAGCACAGUAUCACAGUCAAAAAAUGAGAAAGACAAGCAGCUUCGAGAGUCAGUCCAGAGGUAUCAAAAUCAACUGGUAGAACCGCGUCAACAGCCUCAGUUUAUACCAGUGAAUAGGAUCACUGAGUUCACUAGCCCCUGCCAAGCUUCAACAUCUAAGGGAAAUAAGAAAAUUCAGAGAAUCAGACCUUCCAGUGAUGACUUGAAGCAUGAGUCUCUUUCAUCCUUUGAGCUUUUGGUCAACCACAGAGGCUGGAAAGAAACAGAAGGAUCAGACUCCGAUGUAGAGUAUAUUUCAGAGACUAAAAUUAUGAAAAAGUCUGGGCAGAAGAAAGUGAAACCUCAACAGCAGAGGUAUCCAGCAGUUCCACUGGAAAACGUCAAACUAGCUAGCAGAGACAAGGCCUCUUGGGAAAUGAAGAGAAAGAGGAGUCAAAACCUUACUUCAAUUGAAGUUGAAACCAGCAACAGCAAUUCAGACAUAAUCCAGAACAUCUUAACCCUCUUCAGAAUGCCCUACAUAGCCAUUCGAUUGGACCUUCAGAGAUGUUAUUUGUGGGAUCACCAGUCUGCGCUGCAGCAGACUUCUUUCAUUAUUUUGCACAAGCUUGUUAGCCAUGGUUUCCUCCCCCAUUUCAAGAUUUUAGAUGAAAGUGACACUGAUGUUCCAUUGAAACAAGAAAAAAAGGAAGUUUCUCUUAUGAAAAAAGAAAAACAGGAGCUGUGCAGUGAUACCCCAGAAAUAAAGAGAAAUUCUUCAUCAACUAAAUGGGAAAGCUUGUUUUUGCCCAGUAUGCCAGUGGAAGAUUUAAAUCCAAGUUCUGGAUACAAAGCCAGAGUUUCUGUGAGUGGUGGUUGUAAAGUUGCUUCUUCACUGACAGAAUCUUCUCAAAGCACAUCUGUCAAGGAAACAGUAAGAAAACUGACAUCUAAUUUAAGGGAGAUUCUUCUGUAUUUUUUUCCUGAGUAUCAGCUACCAUCAGAGUUUGGCCACACAUCUCUGGAGGAACUUACAGCAAGUUGUGAGCUGGAGCAGUGCCCAGAACAGACAAACAAAAAGCUGAAAAUGUGUUUCAACCAGAUCCGUGAUGUUUACAUGGUCCAAUAUGAAAAAAAACUAAAGACCAAAAUUCAGUCUGUUAUCUGCGACGCAAACCAAAGAGAAAUGGUUAAUGAAGUAUCUCUCGGACAAUGUGAAAAAAAAAGAAAACUUACUGAAGAUAAACUGAAUAAGCUUCGUGUAAAACUGGCAGUAUUAUUGCAGAAGCUUCAGCUGGGUGGUCCAGCCGGAGAUCUGGAGCAGAUUGAUGCUUAUUUAGAAGCUUUGCUGAAAGAAGAUCAUCUCCUUUUUCAGAAGGCUUUUGUAAAUAAAGUGACUACAGAUACAGGGCAUCAUCUCCUUUUAGAAAAAAAGGAAAAUAUUUCUCAAAAUUAG